UUGCCAAGUGGACUUUUAUUGUUUUCCACCCACUUCCAAGUCGAUACUAUCUGCCGUCUCAUGUCCAUCCUAUAGCCUAUAUAAGCGGCUGCGCUGGGGCUGGCGGCGAUGGAGUAGUUUGUGGAUACGGCGGGAGCGCAGGGACGGGAGGGGAGCGGGCGGGUCAGCAGCGGAAUACUCGGACUCCCUGCCGCUCGCGGGCUGCUGCCGUCCGGGGAGCGGCUCCCGGGGGAAAGACACCUCGGCUUCUGGGACGGAGACAAAGUGAAACAGGAGACCUCACAUAGCUGCGGAUUCUUCCUCUUCAUCCCCUCAUGCCCUCUUCAGGUCGGACUGCAAUGAGUGGACUGAGGUCUUCUGGGCUGCUGGGGCUGGUGCUCUUAAUGCUUUCAGCAGGAUACUGCAAAGAAAAAACGGACUCCACAGAUUUGAAGGACAAGCAAAGUCUCUUAAAUCUCAUCAUGGAGAUCAUUCAGGAACUGAAAAGGUACCACCUGGAGAAGGACAGUGGGAUGCAGUACUUCUCCAAGCACGACUAUAACUUGGAUCGAAGGGAAGUGGCUGACUAUGGAGGAUACCAGGACGAGCAGAGAGUUGAAAUAGUUCCCAGAGAUCUGAGGAUGAAAGACAAGUUCUUGAAGCAUUUAACAGGUCCACUCUACUUUAGCCCAAAAUGUAGCAAACACUUUCAUCGGCUUUAUCACAAUACAAGGGACUGCACCAUCCCAGCAUAUUAUAAAAGAUGUGCCAGGCUUCUUACUCGAUUGGCAGUAAGCCCUAUGUGUAUGGAAGGAUAAAGAUGUUAUUAUCAUGACAAGAAACACCAAGAACCAAGAGAAGUGCCUUGGAAAACAACAGGGAAAUAGAACUUACUACCUUUUAGCUGAUUCCAUUGUGAACAAGAGAUUUAUUUUUGCAGAUUGACAGACUACUUCCCAUAAUUCUUUUAACAUGCAUUUUGUAUGUCAUCAACAGUUUGCAGAUUGACAUUCUCUACAGUAGCAUAACUGCCAGUAGUACUUCAUGCUCCAUGACUUAAAAACACACUACAAUUGAUGUGUAAUGCUGCCAAAAAUUAUGUAAACACAAAUAUUUCACCAAGAAAAUUCAUGUUCUGUUGCUUAAUUAUACAGUUUUAAGGAAUGUUUGUUUGUAUAUCUAGAACUACUAAAGAUCUGCUCCACAGUAGGUGUGGUCACUUGAUAUCCUUCAUGCUUAUACAAUUUUUAAAAAGUUUGGUUAAAACAGACUUGCAUUGGGGUCACAUUGUACCCUAGAGUACAAAUUGCAUGACAAGCAGAAAUGUAAUUCCAAGUAGACAUACUUUUUGGGACAGUGGAGCAUGGAUUUUGUACACAAACACAAGCUGCCAUUAAUUUACUUUAUAUAAUAAAUGUAUAAAACAUUCCAGCGAACGUGCAAUAUGUAAAUACUGUAAAUAACAAGCGUAAGUAAUAAAGUGUUUGGUAUUAAGUUGUUCUCAGUUUGCUUUCUGUUCACUGAAUCCAGGUAAAUAAACUGGUAGCUAUUAUCAUUUAUCCACAUUUAAACUUCCUUCCACAAAGCAUAGGAAGGUGUACUCACUUCAGAGUUCAGUAUUCUGGACACCGUGGAUUUACAAGAAUGGACAGAACUGUGUUUUAAACCUGCAGAAUGCCCAGACUACAAGGCUGCUCAAAUGCUCUACAGCAUUAUAAAAUGGAGUAUUUUUUAAGACUAACAGAUGUUCUGAAGCUUUUGUUUGGGGUUUGGGUUGGGGAGGAACUUUUUGGUUUUUAAUAAUGUGCAGUCUGUUCAUGAUACUGACAAGGCAGUCUAAUCAGAAAAUAUCCAGUAAAUCAUUUUACUAUUGUAGAAUUUUUAAGGAGUUAGUGUUACUCCAAAAACCUUGACACACAUUUCCCUUACUUGCUUAAAUCAGAUAUUAAAUCCAGUUGUCACAGUAAAAUGACUCAAACAGGAAGAAAAUUUUUAUGUGCAAUCUAUAAAUCCACGUAUUGGGGUUGCAUGGCCAGGUUUUGGUAGUGGAAGGGCUACAGGGAUGGCUUCUGUGAGCAGCUGCCAGAAGCUUCCUCCACGUCCAGCAGAGCCAGUGCCAGACAGCUCCAGGAUGGACACACUGGGCCAAUCAGAAAUGGUAAUGGCUGUGGGAUAACAGCUGAGAAGGGAAAAGUGAUUGCACAGUUGUAAUUGCAGCCAGAGCAGAUCAGGGUGAGAACGUGAGAGGAGCAGCUCUGCACACACCAGGGUCAGUGCAGAAGAGGCAGGAGGUGCUCCAGGCACCGGAGCAGAGAUUCCCCUGCAGCCCCUGCAGCACAUGGAGAACCACAGGGAUGCAGAGAUCCACCUGCAGCCCUGGAGGAGGCCAUGCUGGAGCAGGUGGAUGCCUGAGAGGAGGCUGUGACCCUGUGGGAGGCCUGUGCUGGAGCAGGGUCCUGGCAGGGACCUGCAGACCUGUGCAGAGAGGAGCCCAGGCUGGAGCAGGUUUGCUGGUGGCACUUGUGACCCCAAGGGGGGCUCAGGCUGGAACAGGCUGUGCCUGAGGGACUGCACCCCAUGGCAGAGUGGCCCAUGCUGCAGCAGUCUGGGGAGGAUUGAUGCCUGUGGGAUGGACUCACAUUGGAGUAGUUCAUUGAGAACUAUCUCCUGUAGAAGGGACCCUAGUCUGGAACAGGGGAAGGACUCCUCUCCCUGAGCAGCAGCAGAAACAACCUGUGAUGAACUGACCAUAACCCCCAUUCCCACCUCCCUGCACUGCUGGGGGAGGAGAAGUGCUGGGAAGGAGGGAAGGGGGAAAGGUGUUCUUAAGGUCUUAUUUUACUUCUCAUCACCUUGAAUUUGUUAGUAAUUAAGUAAUUAAUAAUUUCAGCUAAAAUCCCCAGCUUGAGUCUGUUUUGCCCAUGACACUGUUUGGUGAGUAACCUCUCCCAGUUCUUACCUCAACCAAUGAACCCUUUUUAUUUUCUCUCCCAUGUCCAGUUGCAAAGAGGAACAAGAGAGAAGCUCUGGUGGCUGCCUGGCAUCCAGCCAGGGCCAACCUACUACAAAGAAACGCAAGUAUUUCUAUCUUUAUACUGGCAUUUAUAAUUCCCAUUCUAUCCUCAGUUUCAACUACAAACUGUAAAACCAAACACAACCCUCCCCACCCUGAGAACUACAGGAGUUGAGAUUCUGGAAACUGACACUUCAGAGCCUUCAGCAUCCAACUCUUCAGAAAAAAAGGCAGAAGUAGAAAAUCCCAUCCUGGAACAUGGCUGUAUUUAGCAGGGGAGAAGUACAUAUUUUUAUUUGCUUUCAGUGAUGACUAAAUGCUAAGUUCUAUGUCUCAAUGGCUGUAAUACAUGCUUGCAGAAAACCUGGUUGUUAAAGGAAUCAGCUUCUACAGGAUUCACUAAAGCUGCUCAUCCACACUAAACGUGGUGGGACUCUGCUUCCCUGAGGUUCCACUGACCAGACCACAGGCUAAUACUUAACAUGGGAGUUUAAAAUAUUGUUAAGCUUUUUUUUUCCAGGAGGAUACCCGAAAUCUAAACAAAAACCUUCUAGUAAAUCUUAUUGUAAAAGGGAAAUAGCAACUUAUUUAAUGAUUUAAUCAAUUAAUAUAAAGAAAUUAACCCCGUAGAAGUUUUCUCAAGAUUUAGCAGAAGUCAGCAUGCUCUAACAGAAAACACACCUAUGCUAUAGCACUUUUUUUAGUCUUAACUUUACCACUUAAAAUAUAACAAGCUGUGCGGGCGGGGAGGGAGAAACAGGAGUCAGUUCUGUAUUUUUUCAUUCAAAAUUACAUUUUUCAUGAGUGGUAUUUUGGAUGUGUGAACGCUUCGUCAUCUGCAUGAUACACGAUUUGUGUCUUAAUCCUGUGUUCACUGUUUCUCUUUGAACCCAAAUAAUGGUUCUGUGCAACUGUCGUUCCCAAAGGCAAUCCCUGUUCUGUAUUCUGGGCUUCCACAAAUUUGUAAAAAAUACUAUCGUGCUCCUUUCUCUCUUCCAUAAAAAACCUACUAAUUAUAAAAAUAAAUCAACCAUUUUAUUCCUCCUGUAGAGGUAAUGAAUUAUUAAGUCACUAGGUUGCUUGCUGAAAAUCUGUCUGUCAAGGUUGAGACUUCUAAAAUGUGAACUGAAUUUAACACGAGUUUUGACUUAGUAUCACUUUACAGGAAGAUUCCUAAGCCUAGUGAAGGUAAACAACCAUAUCCUCUUAUUUCCUUUGUUAUCCCAGCAGCUCAAAGAUUUAAGACCUUUCAAUCUUAGCUUUAAUAUGCAGGAAACUAUAGGCUGAAUUCCUACCUUGCCAUGAAUGAGAAAGCACCAACCAUCAUGUCGUCAAUCUUAUGAGUUAUUUUACUUUCCCUAGAAUAUUUGAAAUGGUCAUUCAGGCAGGGAAUAACAUUAGAUUAUGCCUAAAUACUUCCACCCUUGAGAUUAGUGAAUAAAAGCACAUUUGGGAUGUUUUGUCCCUAACUGCCCAUCAUUUUCUCUCACUUUACUUUGUCAAAAUAUUAAUAAAAGAAAUUAAAAAUAAUUUUUCCAGAGUCAGUACUUAAUUGGAUCUGAAAUAGUGUAUUACUCUUUGUCCCUGAAAAGUGAAACAGCUCUUAGCUUGCAAUUCCUAGCUUGUUUUUUAGAAGUCAAAACUGAUAGUAAUGCAAUAAUGCACAUUCUGAUUUCUGUAUUUAAGUAUUCCCUCUACCUUUCCUAAGCAGGUUCUGAAGUUGUAUGUCUGAUUGAAAUUUUAGCACAAAACAGAAACCUCAUUAACACAAACACAUCUAUUCUACAGCAAAAGCCCCAAGAAACAAUCCCCAUUGUGAAGU